ACCAGAGGGAAAUUGAAUGACAAGCUCUUUCUGACAUGAUUCCAUCAAGGGUGAACGCGAUGGGAGUUCUGCUGAGCGAGUGAUAGGAGGCAUGCGGUGCAUUUCGACGGAAAGGAACUUUAGAAAACUGUUUAGCCGCUGCUAUUGAUAGUGGCACCACUACAAAUGAGCUUUUUUUUGUUUCAUAUUGAACUUCUAACUCGAGGUGCGGUUUAUGGUUUGCUGCUAGCUAGCGUUGGUUUGACUGGGCUACAUUCACUAAGUUUAUAACCGAAGGAACCGAGGCAGGAUGUACUAUGAAGAAAAAGCUAAUUCACACAAGUCACGUUAUGGAACCAUUCAGGACGAUGAGAGGAUCUCGGCGGAGGAGAUGGACGAGAGGAGACGACAGAACAUCGCCUACGAGUACCUCUGUCACCUGGAGGAGGCCAAACGGUGGAUGGAGGCGUGUGUAGAGGAGGAGCUGCCGCCCACCACAGAGCUAGAGGAGGGUCUGAGGAACGGAGUCUACCUUGGAAAACUGGCUAAGUUCUUCGCCCCCAAGAUGGUGUCUGAGAAGAAGAUCUACGACAGGGACCAGGCCCGCUACAAGCACACAGGACUUCACUUCAGACACACAGACAACACGGUGCAGUGGCUACGGGCCAUGGAAUCUGUAGGACUGCCCAAGAUAUUCUAUCCCGAAACGACAGAUGUGUACGAUCGCAAAAACAUGCCCAAGGUAGUGUACUGCAUACACGCACUAAGCUUAUACCUGUUCAAACUGGGCAUUGCACCACAGAUCCAGGACCUGCUGGGGAAAGUGGCCUUCACAGAGGAGGAGAUCAGUAACAUGCGGAGUGAGCUGGAGAAGUACGGCAUCCAGAUGCCAACCUUCAGUAAGAUAGGAGGCAUCCUGGCCAACGAGCUCUCAGUGGACGAGGCAGCCUUGCACGCUGCUGUGUUUGCAAUCAACGAGGCGGUGGAUAAGGGUGAGGCGACAGUGACCAUGGGGGCGUUGAAGAACCCCAACGCCAUGCUGAGGAACACUGGGGAAGAGCUGGCCCAGGACUACCAGGUUACACUGAGCCGGGCCAAGGCUAGCAAGGAGGACCAGGCCUCAGGCAGGCGCUCAUCUGUAGCCACAGAGGAGAGAGAUGUUUAUGAGGAGCUGCUGACCCAGCAGGAGAUCCAGAGCUGCAUUGACCUUGUUAACACCCAGGUGGCGGUGCAACAGGUGAACCAGGCCAUCUCUGCCCAGGACGAGGCUGCUCUGCUGGCUGGGCUCAGGGUGCCCGCUCUGGGAAUGCUGGGGGUCCAGGAGGCAAACGCCCACUGGUACCUGGAGCACUUAACCUCCUACUGCGAAGUCAAGGCUCAGGAUGCUGGAGGUGCAAUGAUGCUGCAGAGGGAGGAGAUUCAGAGGGUGGUCAGCUCCACUAACGACUUUGCUGAGGCAGAGAAACGAAAACUGGAGGCCAUUGUAGCGAUCAACGCGGCCAUUCGUCAUGGCAUAGCAGCAGAGACGGUGGAGGAGCUGAUGAACCCAGAGGCCCAGCUUCCUAUUGUCUACCAGACAGCUGCCAACCUCUACCAGACCGAACUGUUCAGCCUGCAGAUACAGGGGGCAAAGGUAGGACUGGGGCAUGAGGAGCUGUGUGUGGCAGUAGAGAUGCUGUCUGCGGUGGCCGUGCUCAACGAGGUCCUGGACACCAAGGACCCCCAGGCUGUUACUGAACAGCUGACUGACUCUCCUCUGGGCUUCAGCAACAUGGAUCAGGACAACCUGCACAGGUAUGCAGACACUCUAAUCAGUCUCCGAGCCGAGAGCCUGUCCCAAGGCCUGGAGUUCCUCACCUGGAACGAUGUUCAGAAGACCAUCGACACUGUCAACCUACAGGUCCACGAAGAACACGAGCGUAUUAUUGCUAUAGCUGAGAUCAACGAGGCGCUGAGCUCUGGGGAUCCUGAACAGACCCUCUCUGCUCUGCUCCUGCCCACGGCCAAACUGCAGGGGGUAAACCCAGCAACAGCGAAACACUACCAUGACGUCCUGCAGAACACCAAGCUACUCAUCUGUAAGAGCUCAGGGGAUGAGUCUGCUGUGCUGUGGCUCGACCAGAUUCAAGAAGGGAUACACACAGCCAACCAAGAUGAAGAGGAGGCUCUCGCAUUGGCAGGAGCUGUGGCAGACAUCAACAGGGAGGUGGCGGAGGGGGACUCCCAGACCACCCUACAUGCCCUCCAGUCUCCCCUGGCAGGGCUGAGAGCGGUUCUGUCUGAGUGUGCAGACACCUACCACACACAGCUGGCCCAGCGCCAGGACCUCAACACUACCACUGCAGGCAGCAGUGAGUGUGUGUGGGUGAAACACCGUAUCAAGGACAGUUAUGACUACUACUACAACCUGGAGAACAGAGAGGGGACCUGGGAGGAGCCAGAGGACUUCACACACAACAGCACACAGCUCCGCAGAGAGGAAAUACAGAGUGUGGUUGGAGGUGUGACAGCGGAGUAUAACAGGGAACAGUUAUGGUUGGCCAACGAGACCCUGGUAACCCAGCUACAGGCCAGGAUCAGAGGUUACCUGGUGAGAAGAGCUCAUGCCCAGAGACUGGACUACCUACUACAACAACAGCCACACGUGGUCCGACUACAGGCCUCCUGGAAGGGCUACAAACAGAGGAAGGUAUACAUAGACAGACUCAACGUGUUGCAAAGCAACGUGGGGACUGUCGUCAAGCUUCAGUCAUUUGUUAAGAUGUGGAGAGCUAAACGUAAAUAUACUCAAAGACUGCAGUAUUUCAUAGACCAUGAAAAAGAAAUAGUGAAGAUCCAAGCUUUCCUCAAGGCUAACAAAGCCAGAGAUGACUACAGAACACUCACUGGGGCCCAGGACCCUCCUCUUUCGGUGGUGCGUAAGUUUGUCCACCUGCUGGAACAAAGCAGCCUGGACCUGCUGGAGGAACAGGAAGUGACACGGCUUAGGGAGGAAGUGGUCACGAAAAUCCGCUCCAAUCAGCAGAUGGAGAAAGACCUGAACCUGAUGGACAUUAAGAUCGGCUUACUGGUCAAGAACAGGAUCACCCUACAGGAUGUGGUGUCCCACAGUAAGAAGCUGAAGAAGAAGAGUAAAGAGGAGCUGGCUGCAGGGGACAGGCAGGGCAUCAAGGGCCUCAGCAAAGGCAAACGGAAGAAACUAGAGGCCUACCAGCACCUCUUCUACCUGCUACAGACCAACCCUUCAUACCUGGCCAAGCUGAUCUUCCAGAUGCCACAGAACAAGUCCACUAAGUUCAUGGACACAGUGAUCUUCACGCUGUAUAACUACGCCUCCAACCAGAGAGAGGAGUACCUGCUGCUCAAACUCUUUAAGACCGCUCUGGAGGAGGAGAUCAAGUCCAAAGUGGACCAGAUCCAGGACAUCGUGACCGGGAACCCCACGGUCAUCAAGAUGGUGGUGAGCUUCAACCGUGGAGCCCGUGGUCACAACACGCUGAGGCAGCUGCUGGCGCCUGUUGUCAAGGAGAUCAUCGAGGACAAGGGCCUGGGCAUCAACACCAACCCUGUGGAUGUGUACAAGGCCUGGGUCAACCAGCUGGAGACCAACACUGGAGAGGCCAGUAAACUGCCCUACGAGGUGACCCCGGACCAGGCCAUGUCACACAAGGAGGUGCGCGCCAAGCUGGAGUCCUCCAGUCAGGCGCUGCGGACGGCCACAGACAAAGUGCUCAACUCCAUUGUGUCAUCACUGGAUAACAUUCCCUAUGGCAUGAGAUACAUUGCAAAGGUCCUAAAGCAUUCCCUUCAUGAAAAGUUCCCUGACGCUACAGAGGAUGAGUUGUUGAAGAUUGUAGGGAACCUGCUGUACUACCGCUACAUGAACCCAGCCAUAGUGGCUCCAGACGGCUUCGACAUCAUCGACAUGUCAGCCGGAGGUCAGCUCCACUCUGACCAGCGUCGUAACCUGGGCUCCGUGGCCAAGAUGCUGCAGCAUGCCGCCGCCAACAAGCUGUUCGAGGCAGACAAUGCCCACAUGAUCUCCAUGAAUAACUACAUCUCCCAGACCUACCAGAAGUUCAGGGUGUUUUUCCAGGCUGCGUGUGACGUCCCUGAGCCAGAGGAGAAGUUUAACGUGGAUGAGUACUCUGACAUGGUGACUCUGAGCAAGCCUGUCAUCUACAUCUCUAUAGAUGAGAUCAUCAACACACACUCGCUGGUGUUGGAGCACCUGGAGGCCAUCUCCCCCGACCACAACGACCUGCUGCAUGAGCUGCUGGAGGACCUGGGGGACGCGCCUGAUGUGGAGGCACUGCUGGGUGAAGGAGCCGUGGAUCCUAACAAUCCCAACAAGGAGAGCACCCUGAGUCAGCUGGCUAAGACGGAGAUCUCCCUCACACUCACCAGCAAGUUUGAGCUUCUGGAGGGAGAUGACAAGGACACGAAGGGCCUGAUGAUGAAGACUAAGAAGCUGAUAGUAGAUGUGAUCAGGAUCCAACCAGGAGACACUCUCCCAGAGACCCUUGAGACCCCGGCCUCUGCCCUCCAGGAGUGUGAGCAUUCUAAGGUGGUGGCGCUACGUGCGGUGCAGGACGCCCAGACCCCAGAGGGGCUGAAGAGCAGCCAGGCGGUGCUGGAGGACAGACAGCUGCCUCUGGAGCAGAAGAAGAGGAAGAUCCUCCGCAACCUCCGAACCCUGGAGCAGGCUGGCCUGGUCACCGCUAGCAACAAGUACCAGGACCUCAUCAACGACAUUGCCAAGGACAUUCGUUACCAGAGACGCUACAGACAGAGGAGGAGGGCGGAGCUGGUGAAGCUCCAGCAGGCACUGAGCGCGCUCAACUCCAAGACAGCCUUCUAUCAGGACCAGACCAACUACUACGACACUUACAUCAAGACCUGCCUCGACAACCUCAACAGGAAGAACACGCGGCGGUCCAUCAAGCUAGAAAGGAAGGUGGAGGAGAAGGGCAGUAAGAAGUGGAAGCAUCAGUCUCUGAAGUAUACGGCUGCCCGACUGCACGAGAAGGGAGUGAUCCUGGAGAUAGAGGGGCUGCAGACCAACCAGUUCAAAAAUGUAAUGUUUGACAUCUCUCCCAGUGAGGAAGUUGGGGACUUUGAGGUGAAGGCCAAGUUCAUGGGAGUUGAGAUGGAAAAGGUCCAACUCCAUUUCCAGGAUCUGCUCCAGCUGCAGUACGAGGGAGUGGCGGUGAUGAAGAUGUUUGACAAAGCCAAAGUCAACGUCAACCUGCUCAUCUUCCUCCUCAACAAGAAGUUCUAUGGAAAAUGAGGGAUUAUUGAACCAAAGAUGGAGGGUAAAGAUUGAGUGGGCAUAUAGGUGUGAAAGGAUUGUGUGCCUUUUGACAAAGCAAGAAUUGAGAUGUUUGAAUGGUGGUUAACGUGUUAUGUUCGUCUGACUGGCCACCCUCAGGCUGGUGAGCCACACACACACACACACAUUUUAUUAAUCACUUUAUACCAAAAUGAAGCUCACAUUGAAAUGGGUUUGUUGCUUUUAUUGUCAUGUUAUAUCUGUUGCUUAAUUAUUAAUUAUUGUAUUUUUUUUUUCAUGUUCAGUUUUCCACUGGGUAAUUAAUUGUACAUGGAAUAUAUUUUUCAAAAGUAUAUUAUAAUGGCAUUUACAUUUUAUAUGUAGAAGUUAUAUACAGUGCAUUCGGAAAGUAUUCAGACCCAUUGACUUUUUCCACAUUUUUUCCACAUUUUGUUACUCAGCACUUUGUUGAAGCACCAUUGGCAGCGAUUAAAGCCUCGAGUCUUCUUGGGUAUAACGCUACAAGCUUGGCGCACAUGUAUUUGGGGAGUUUCUACCAUUCUUCUCUGCAAAUCCUCUCAAGCUCUCAGGUUGGAUGGGGAGUGUCACUGCACAGCUAUUUUCAGGUCUCUCCAAAGAUUUUCGAUUGGGUUCAAGUCCGGGCUCUGGCUGGGCCACUCAAGAACGUUAAGAGACUUGUCCCAAAGCCACUCCUGCGAUGUCUUGGCUGUGUGCUUGACCGUUCACCCCAGUCGGAGGUCCUGAGCACGCUGGAGCAGGCUUUCAUCAAUGAUCUCUCUGUACUUUGCUCUGUUAAUCUUUCCCUCGAUCCUGAAUAGUCUCUCUGUCCCUGCUGCUGAAAACCACCCCCACCGCAUGAUGCUGCCACCACCAUGCUUGACCAUAGGGAUGGUUGCCAGAUUUCCUCGAGACGUGACACUUGGCAUUCAGGCAUAGAGUUCGAUCUUGAUGUCAUCAGACCAGAGAAUCUUGUUUCUCAUGGUCAGAGAGUCUAAGUGCCUUUUCAUAACUCUAAGCGGGCUGUGGGUACAUUUUACUGAGGAGUGGCUUCCGUCUGGCCACUCUACCAUAAAGCCCUGAUUGGUGGAGUGCUGCAGAGAUGGGUGUCUUUCUGGAAUGUUCUCCCAUCUCCACAGAUGCACUCUAGAGCUCCGUCAGAGUGACCAUCGAGUUCUUGGACAAAGGCCUUUCUCCACCUAUUACUCAGUUUGGCUGGGUGGCCAGCUCUAGGAAGAGUAUUGGUGGUUGCAAAACCUCUUCCAUUUAAGAAUGAUGGAGGCCACUGUUCUUCGGGACCUUCAAUGCUGCAGACCGUUUUUGGUACCCUUCCCCAGAUCUGUGCCUCGACCCAAUCCCCUCGGUGCUCUACGGACAAUUUCGUCGACCUCAUUGCUUGGUUUUUGCUCUGACAUGCACUGUCAACUGUGGGACCUUUAUAUAGACAGGUGUGUGCCUUUUCAAAGCAUGUCCAAUCAAUUGAAUUUACCACAGGUGGACUCCAAGUUGUAGAAACAUCUCAAGAAUGAUUAAUUGAAACAGGAUGCACCUGAGCUCAAUUUCGAGUCUCAUAGCAAAGGGUCUGGAUACUUAUGUAAAUAAGGUAUUUCUGUUUUCUUCAAACCUGUUUUCGCUUUGUCAUUAUUGGGUAUUGUGUGUAGAUUGACGAGGAAAACAAUACAUUUUAUCCAUUUUAGAAUAAGGCUGUAACGUAACAAAAUGUGGAAAAAGUCCAGGGGUCUGAAUUCAUUCCAAAUGCACUGUAAGUAAACACAUUGUUAUUGUCAAAAAAAUAUUAUUUUUUUGUAAAAAAGAAUGUGUUUGGAAUUAGAUGUGUACAAUGCACUAUUGCCUAAUGGUCAGAAUGGGAGAUUAGACUGCAACAUUCCUAUCCAGCUAUAGCCAGCAUGGAAUGAAGUAUAGUAGUUAACCAGUGCCUUUUUAAUCUACAGUAAAUUGGGAAGCUGUGUAUCUUUUAAAGACUAUUAAUGAAGUUAUUCUUCCUAGUUUCACUGCUUUUUAAAAAGAUUAUACUGUCAAGUAUACAUAAAAAUAAUUUCAAAUGUUUUAAUGAGGUUAAAUCAAAAUAACUGAUUUUUCUUGUUAGUUUUUAUAACAAUCACAGUUUUUAUAACAAUCACAGUGCUAUAAGAAAAUGAUUUUAAAAGAAUUGUGUGGUCAUCAAAUAAAUAAUAAAGCCUGA